CUGCUCUGAAUGUGAUGAUGUUGACUAACCUAGAAUAAUAUUUAUUUAUUUUAUUUUAUAUUUAUCAUUAUUAUCAAUGUAUUUACAUGUUCAACAUAUUCAUUAGCUCAACAAUCGAAUACAUAACUAUACACAAUUGUUAUUUAAUUUAACUGUUCUUAUUUAGGAUAGAAUCGCAACCAAAUAGUUCCUCAUGUCAAUGUCAUAACAUAAAUAUAAUUAAUCUCAGGUGCUAAAAUAUUAUUUACCGGCUAAUUAGCAUAUAAUUAAGUGAUAGUUUUUAAAAAAUUUAUCAAAAAUGAAUGAGAGACGUUUAACAAUUAAAGUGAUUAUAGAUUUUAUUGUUUUAAUGUUAGUUGGUUUUCCGAUAUUAUUCUUAUACUUAUUUGCCAAACCUUACAAGCGGGGAUUCUUUUGCGACGAUGAAACGAUACGACAUCCUCUUAAAGAAUCAACAGUGCCAAAUUAUCUUUUAUACAUACUGGGCUUGGGAUUACCCGUCUGUGCGAUGAUAGUUACUGAAUUUAUAUUACAAAAAGAACCAUCAUCGCAACAAACUCGAACCGUAUUUGGUUUUUCAAUAUCUCCAUGGAUUUGGAACGCAUAUUGUGCAGUUGGUGUCUUUGGUUUUGGUGCUGCUAGUUCUCAGCUUAUAACUGAUAUUGGAAAAUAUACAAUUGGACGUUUACGACCUCAUUUUUAUGAAGCAUGUCUUCCAGAUAUUAAUUGCAAUUUAACUGAGAAUUUACAUAAAUAUUUUGUUAAUUUUGAAUGUAAGCGAAGUAGCGCAAAAGAUAUGAGGUUAUCGUUUCCGUCUGGUCAUUCAUCUCAUAUGAUGUACACAAUGGUAUACUUAACUCUUUAUCUACAAGCAAGAUUUAUAUGGAGAGGAUCCAAAUUAUUAAAACAUUUAUUACAAUUUGGAUGUUUAUCACUUGGAAUUUUUACAUGCCUAACACGUGUCUCUGAUUACAAACAUCAUCCAACUGAUGUCUUAGCUGGUGCACUUGUAGGAACAACGACUGCCUUAGUAGUGGCAACAUUUAUUUCGGAUUUAUUUCAAUCGAAAAGGCAGUACAAAAGUACAAAAACUUACAACACAGAUACGGAAAUGGGUACUUCAAAUGGUAACAAACGAACGGUUAUUGAUUAAACAUAGUUUUACAUUUUGAAAUAUAAGAUAUUUUUUCUCCGUAGCCGAUUGAGUCGACAAUCAUCAAAAAUUGACUGAUUUGCAUGCUUAAAUCGAAAUGUAUUUGAUUCGUAGUAUUACCAAUAACUAUGUAUUUGUUUUAUAAAAUUUACAUUAGCUAGCUAUAUAGAUACUUUUUCUUGAAGGAUCCAAUUUGGCUCCAAAUUCGGAAAAUUAUCAUCAACACCAAGAUUUCUAUAUUAUUAAUUUAUUUACCCCCUAGUAAAAAACUCAAUAAAUUAAUGGAAUAACUGAGUUUCCGAUUCAUUUAAAUAGGAAAUUUAUUUUAGUAACAACAAUGUACAGAUGUUGAGAUUUAAAGUAUACUGUUUUACAAGUUUAGAAUAAUUUAUAAAAUCUCGACCUGCCACGCCAAAGGAUUGGCGGUAAUGGUAAAUUCGACGAUUUACUGAAAACUAUGGAUAUUAUCCUCUCGUAGGAAACAGUGUUUUUUAUGGUUAGCUAUUGAUUAAUUAUGUAUUUUGAUCGAAUU